GAUGAAUUAGAUUCUUGAUAAAAAGUUUUUUAUUCUCUUGUUAAAUUAUUUUGUUUCAUAUUCCUCUGUUUGUCUUAAAAAAAAAAUCUAAUUUUUAAUGCUAUAUAAGGUCAGAAGUGAAAGGAAUUGAUCUGAAUUUUGCUCUCAUUUUUCUAUUUUUGUAGAUUUUUUUCAUUUGGGUCCCUUUAAUUUUCUCAUUUCUAGGGUUUUCUGACAUUUUUGGUUGGUUAGAUCUCCAAUCUUUUUAGGGUUUGUUUGAUUUCUUUAUAAUCUUUGAAUCGCAUUGUUUCUAUAAUAGCGUGUUUUUUUUUAAUAAUUUUAGUCUGUUUAUAUUAUUUCUUGAAUAUUGUAUUUGUGGGUUUGGGUUUGAGUUAGGGUUUUGUUUUGAGAUUUCUAUAGAUGGAUAAGGAUAAAAUUUCAGGUCAUAGCGGGUGUCUGCCGCCUCCGUCGGGGCGGUUUUCUGGGUUUUCACCAACUGGAAGUUCAUUUAAUGUGAAACCUGAGCCACCUUCAUCCCCUGCUUUCCCCCCUUUGGUUCCUGGUUCUAGCUCUGACCCUAGUCAUUUCGGUCAUGUAUCGGAUUCUAGUCGAUUUAGUCAUGAUAUUAGCCGAAUGUCGGAUAACCCGCCUAAGAAUUUGGGACAUCGAAGAGCUCAUUCGGAGAUUUUGACUCUUCCUGAUGAUAUUAGUUUCGAUAGUGAUCUUGGCGUAGUAGGUGGUGCUGAUGGACCUUCGUUCUCUGAUGAGACCGAGGAGGAUUUGUUUACGAUGUAUCUUGAUAUGGAUAAGUUCAAUUCAUCGUCAGCUACGUCGGCUUUCCAGUUAGGGGAGCCAUCAACUCCUGCACCAUCAGCACAUGGAGGAGUUGAUAUGGGUGCUGGACAUAGCGAGAGGCCGAGAAUUAGACAUCAACAUAGCCAGUCUAUGGAUGGGUCGACUACUAUUAAGCCAGAGAUGCUAAUGUCAGGUGUAGAUGAGAUAUCUGCUGCUGAUACUAAGAAAGCUAUGUCUGCUGCUAAGCUUGCUGAACUUGCUCUUAUGGAUCCCAAGCGCGCUAAAAGGAUCUGGGCAAAUAGGCAAUCAGCGGCAAGGUCAAAGGAAAGAAAGAUGCGUUACAUUGCUGAACUUGAAAGGAAAGUACAGACACUGCAAACAGAAGCAACAUCAUUGUCUGCUCAAUUGACUUUAUUACAGAGGGAUACAAAUGGACUGACUGCUGAAAAUAGCGAACUUAAAUUGCGGUUGCAAACAAUGGAGCAACAGGUCCACUUGCAAGAUGCAUUGAAUGAUGCAUUGAAAGAAGAAAUUCAGCAUCUGAAGGUAUUGACUGGUCAAGCUAUGGCAAAUGGUGGUCCUAUGAUGAACUAUAAUUCGUUUGGAACGAGCCAGCAGUUCUAUCCCAACAAUCACUCGAUGCACACACUUUUAACAACACAACAGUUUCAGCAGCUCCAAAUUCAUUCUCAGAAGCAGCAACAGCAACAGCAACAUCCAUUUCAGCAGCAUCAACUGCAUCAGCUUCAGCAUCAACAACUACAGCAGCAACAGCAACAGCAACAGCAGGAACAGCAGCAAGCUGCCGAAUUGAAGAUGAGGGGAACGAUGCCUUCUCCAAACCACAAAGAUAAUCCUUCAGAUAGUAAUCGUUCCUCAACAAACGAUUGAAAAGAAAUGGCCCUUUGAGCCUCGUACAAGGUUCACGACUUUUGUGUAAAAUCCUAGUUGCAGUCUGGUGUUAGAUAGAAUAUCCUUGGUAUCUUUUUCCGUCUUCUUACCGAACCUGUCAUUUUAUUAAUUUUUUUCCCGGUCUGAUUAGGUACACAGAUUUAUAUUUUAUUUAGAUCUAUAUUAGGAAGUUCUAUGUUUAGUUGGAGACAGAGUUAUGUGAUAUAUACGCCGUAUAGUUUAUGUAGCAUCUUUGUUGUUGUGAUAUUAUACAUUCUUUUGUGGCGAUUUGUUUUGUUAUGACUCCAAAUUUGCAGAUGAUCUGAUUCUGCAAGCCUUACGUUAA